AUGGCUGUUCAAUUUUCGAAAGAGCUUGCCGUUGCGACCCAAGCUGUGCGCAAAGCUUCAUUGUUAACGAAAAGAGUUCAAUCUGCAGUUAUUUCUGAUGAAAAUUCUACUAUAACAAAAUCGGACAACAGUCCUGUUACGAUUGGUGACUAUUCAGCCCAGGCAGUCAUCAUAAAUACAAUAAAGGCUAACUUUCCUAAUGACAAUGUUGUUGGUGAAGAAUCUAGUACUGGGUUGACUGACUCAUUUGUCGAUGAGAUUUUGAAUACGAUUCGUGGAAAUGAUGAAGAGUACCCAAAGGUUUUUGGUGAUAUCGAACAAAAUGGAGACGAAAAGGUUGAUUUCAUCAACAAAGAUUUUCCCCUAAACUCGAUCGACGAAGUUAAGAGAGUAAUUGAUUUUGGUAACUAUGCUGGAGGAAACAAAGGAAGAUUCUGGUGUUUGGACCCAAUUGAUGGUACCAAGGGAUUUUUGAGAGGAGAACAAUUUGCCGUUUGUUUGGCAUUGGUCAUUGAUGGGAAAGUAGUGGUAGGAGUUAUUGGAUGCCCUAAUUUAAAAUUGUCCAACUUUGGAGCCGAAGAUACCAGUGAUAACUUACCGGCCGGCUAUAUUUUCAGAGCUGUCAGAGGCAAUGGUGCAGAAUAUUCAGUAACAACUGAAUCGAACUGGACGCCGAUACAUGUGAGAUCUAUAGAAGAUACAUCCGAUUUAGUGUCUUUGGAAGGUGUUGAAAAGUCGCACUCUGCUCAUGAUGAACAAGCUAUUAUCAAAAACGAACUAGGCGUAACCAAGUCACAGCACCUUGACUCUCAGGUGAAGUAUUGCGUUCUCGCCAUGGGUCUAGGUGAUCUAUACCUCCGUUUGCCAAUCAAAAUGUCGUAUUCCGAAAAGAUUUGGGACCACGCUGCAGGAAAUGUCAUUGUUGAAGAAGCAGGCGGAAUCCACACAGACGCACUCCAAAAUGUCCCCCUUGACUUUGGUCAAGGCAGGACUCUAAAAACGAAGGGUAUCAUCGCCUCCUGCGGUCCACAAGCUCUACACACAAGAGUAGUCACCACAUCAGCAAACAUCCUCUCUAACAAAUCUACAUAA